UCUAUUUUGUUACAGGAUGAGAAAAAUCAGCUGAUGACAACCAAUGUGUGGCUAAAGCAGGAAUGGAUAGAUGUCAAACUAAGGUGGGCACCUAAAGAAUUUGCUGGUAUAACAUCAAUUCGUGUUCCAUCGGAUUCUAUCUGGAUUCCUGAUAUUGUUCUUUAUGACAAUGCUGAUGGUCGUUUUGAAGGCUCUGUUACAAAAGCUGUGGUGAGAUAUGAUGGCACCAUAAGCUGGACACCACCUGCCAACUAUAAAAGUUCUUGUACAAUUGACGUCACCUUUUUUCCCUUUGACCUACAAAACUGUUCCAUGAAGUUUGGGUCAUGGACUUAUGAUGGAUCACAAGUUGACAUCAUUCUUGAAGACUAUGAUGUGGACAAGAGAGACUUCUUUGAUAAUGGAGAAUGGGAAAUUGUUAAUGCUACAGGACAGAGAGGGAACCGAACAGAUGGCUGCUGUUGGUACCCAUUUAUUACGUAUUCUUUCAUCAUAAAACGUUUGCCUCUCUUUUAUACACUUUUUCUUAUCGUUCCUUGUAUAGGACUUUCCUUCUUAACAAUCCUUGUUUUUUACCUCCCUUCCAAUGAAGGGGAAAAGAUCUCACUUUGCACCUCUGUGCUGGUGUCUCUGACUGUUUUUCUCCUAGUGAUUGAAGAAAUCAUUCCAUCAUCCUCCAAAGUUAUACCUCUCAUUGGAGAAUACUUGGUCUUCACCAUGAUAUUUGUAACUCUAUCAAUUGUUAUAACAGUUUUUGCUAUAAAUAUACACAAUCGGUCUUCUGCAACACAUAAUGCAAUGGCACCAUGGGUACGGAAGAUCUUUCUUCAUAAACUUCCUAAACUGCUAUGUAUGAGGAGUCAUGUAGAUAGAUACUUUACAAGGAAAGAAGAGACUGGGAUAGUUAAUGGACCAGAGAAAUCCAGGAAUACAUUAGAGGCAGCUUUGGAUUCCAUCCGUUAUAUAACAAGGCAUGUUGUAAAGGAACAUGAAGUCCGUGAGGUUGUUGAAGAUUGGAAAUUUGUGGCUCAAGUGUUGGACCGAGUAUUUUUAUGGACAUUUCUUCUAGUUUCAGUCCUUGGGUCCUUAUUUUUAUUUAUUCCUGUUAUACACAAGUGGGCGAACAUCAUUGUGCCUAUACACAUUGGAAAUAUGCAUGGAGACAGAACUACAUAGUCUAAUUGCCUGUGUGUUUCUUAAAAUAAUGAAUGCAUAUCCCAUAUAUUGCUGCGGUAUGUAAUAUUUUGAAUAUUAAUGCUUUAAAAGAAAAUAUUUUUAUUUG